ACGCUUUCGUGUUGAUAUUUUGUCACAGAUGUGACUGAUCAUGUUGAUCUGGAGAUGUUUCAUUUAUUUAUGACAUUCUUUCCUUUUAAGCUCAUAUUAUAAACUUCUUAAUUUGUGAAAAUGUCAAGUGGAAAAAAGAUGUUAGCUGGGCGAAAAAUGGCACCAUUUCCAGGGUCGGUAUCGCUAGAGAAGAUGAAGGCUGACGUCAGUUACAUGAAUGGAGAUAUGGUAAAGAAAUUUUUGAUGAAAAAUCCGGCUGUUCUUGAACAAUUUCUGAUAGAAGAGAUACCUACUGACAAACUCAAGGAAAUUCUGAACAGAAAAAUAGAAAAAGAUGCUGGAACAAAGGCUUUAAGCUGGUGCACAAGUCCAAAAGCUAUGCCUAUUGUGGAUAAAAGGUAUAAAGGUGAUAAUAUUCAGCUCAUAGUUGAGAAGUACCUGAAUGAAUUCUCAAAACUAACAUGUCCUUUUACUCUGUUGAGACAAGCUGUUCAGACUGUCGCAAAUGUAUUGGGUGCUGAUGGUUUUACCCUGUAUGUUCCAACCCACAAUGAUAAGGUAAGAAGAGAAAUUUAGUAUAUAUGAAUGCAGGAGGCGAAAUAUAAUAUCUUUUUGUUUAGUUGGGUUUCCCCAUUUUAGAAUUAAUUUCUGCAAAUUGGUGUCUUAUUGUAUGAGACUUGGGUGAAAAUUCCACCUACAAUUAGAAAGCUGAAGCAGUUAAUAAGCAGCUACAUGUAGAUCACUCUAGCCUCAUAUUUUGUAAUAUGCGAUAAAAUAUACCUAAUCAUUGAAAUUAAUAGCCAUGAUUAGUUAACAGAUAAGAAUUUGUUUCUUAAAGAUACAUUAUGGGAGAUUAGAUAAAGAGCUGGUAGUUCUCACUAUAAUAGUUAAAAACUAGAUAAUGUAAAGGGAAUUUGCUGAAAAUUUCAGUCAAAUUGAUCCACUCUGAACCAAGAUUUUAGCAAUUGGAUUUUCUGCCUAGCCUCGAUUAUCAUUACAAAAGUCGUUAUGAUAAAAUACAUAGUCUCGAUUAUCCAUUUCAUGAUUAAAUCAUGAAUGGAAGUUGAACAGCAAAUCAGAACCUAAUCCAAUAAACAUUGCAGGCUAGCGAUGACAUCGAGAGUUGAUUAUGGUCUGGAUAAGUUAAUUAAUUUCUAAUUAAUAAUUUAGAUAACAUUUCAGGCCUAAAGAAAGACCUGCACUAGGCAGAUUUAGCUCGUGCAUAAUGUAUGUUUAAAUGAAGACUGCAUUUAUUCAGCUUUCAUAAAUUGCAGCAGUUCAGUUAACUGUCUGAAUCCAUAAGCUUAUAUAACACAGAAACAACACCAUAUGGACCAAUAGGAUACUGUAUGACAGUAGCAGCACAUGCAGCUCUUGAAAAAAAGAGUUUACUUAUUAAAAAUAUUGUACAGGAUACCCGUUUUCCUAAAGGAAUCAAGCCUGGUAAUGAAAUCUACACUGUGAUAUGUAUCCCAUUGGUUCUACCUCAAGGAGAUCUUAUUGCUAUUGGUGAAAUCUAUAGAGAUGGUUUCAAGGAUCCAUAUAAUGAAAAUGACUUUCAGAUUGCCAAUGCCAUGUUAACCUGGAACUUGUGUUCUCUUCAUCUUAGUCAGAUGAACAAGUGUCUGGAGACACAGCAAGAAAUGAAUGAUUUCCUUUUAGAGACAACAAAGAUAUUGUUUGAUGAUGUUAUCAGUAUUGAUACACUAUUACAGAAUAUUAUGUUUCAUACUAAGGAUUUAGUAAGUGCUGAGCGUUGUGCUUUGUUUCUUAUUGAUCAUGAUAAAAAACAAUUGUUAGCUGAUUUUUUUGAUGAAGGCACCAUUGAAGAUGGUAAACAAGUUUUUACAAAGACACAACUAAGGAUUCCCUAUGAUGAAGGAAUAGUUAGUUUGGUUGCUAAGACAGGAGUUGUUGUUAAUGUCACUGAUGCCCAAAAAGAUGAUAGAUUUACUAGGAAUGUAGAUAAAGAAACUGGUUAUAAAACUAGAAAUAUACUUUGUAUGCCAAUUAUUGGUAAAAAUAAGGUUAUUGGUGUAGUAGAAUUAAUCAACAGUUUGGCUUUUGAUCAUUUUACUAAAGCAGAUGAAAAUGCAUUCAAAAUGUUUGCUGUUUAUUGUGCACUGGCUCUUCAUUACUCAAAGUUAUAUACUUUAUUACAAUCUUCGCAAGAUCAAUAUAAAGUGGCUAUGGAAGUUCUGCAUUAUCAUAUUCUAGCCAGUGAAGAAGAAAUUGAAGAAGUUAUAAAACACCCAUUACCUACUAUAGAACAAAUACCCAAGGAACUUCACAUGUUUGAUUUCUACGGAGGACCGUACAUGGAUUUGUUACCAAAAUUCUUUCUUCAUAUCAUAGAAGAUCUGUUUGGAUUUUCAAUGUUUGAUGUAAACAAACUGGUGCAUUUUAUAUUGACAGUAAGAAAGAAUUAUAGACAUGUUAUGUAUCAUAACUGGAAACAUGGCUUUCAUGUAGCUCACUCACUCUAUAUGAUGGUUAAAACAUCUAAUGGACUAUUUACUACAAAUGAGGCUAUGGCCUUAGUGUUAGCGGGUAUAUGUCAUGAUCUGGAUCAUAGAGGAUUUAAUAAUGCCUAUUUCCAAAAACUUCAUCUUCCUUUAGCUGCUUUAUAUUCCACAUCAGUGAUGGAACAACAUCAUUAUAAACAAACAGUCAUGAUUCUACAGAGUAAAGAUCAUGAUAUUUUGUCGUUUUUGAGAGCUGAUGAAUAUAAAGAGAUGUUAGAGAGAAUACAACAGUUUAUAAUAGCUACAGAUUUAGCACUGUAUUUCUCAAACCAGAAAGAACUAGCAGGUUUAAUUGAAGCAGAGACAUUUGAUAUCACAGUCCCAGAAAUGAGAUCCCAACUGUUGUCAUUAAUGAUGACAGGGGCUGAUUUAUGUGCUGUGUCUAAACCAUGGAAAACUCAACACGAAACUGCUGCUGAAAUUUAUGAAGAGUUUUAUUGUCAGGGUGACGCGGAGAAGAAACAAGGAUUAGUUCCUAUUCCUAUGAUGGAUAGAGAUAAAAAAGAUGAAAUACCUCAACAACAAGUUGGAUUUAUAAGAUUUAUUUGUGUACCAUUAUAUACAACACUCAGUCACAUAUUACCUGCUACAUCAUGUCUACUGGAAGGGGCAUUGUCUAACGCUGAAAGUUGGCAAGAACUGGCAGAUAAAACAAAAGAAGAGAAGGCUGCUCUUGAUCCAGAUGAAGAAAGUGAGAAGUAGAUAUUAUGGAGCUUUUUAAGUUAAUACAUAUUUUUACUAUUACACUGUGAUAUUUAGUUGUGAUAUUAAAUUUUAUCUUCAAUAAAUUGUUUUUACAAA